CAGUGCUGCAUGCUGCACGGCUCAGCCGGGGAACUUUUCCACCGCAGGUUUUGAAUGAGGAGCGAGGCGCACGCGAGCUGAGAAGGGACUUUGAGCUGAGGUUGAUGUGUCAUCUGGGAGCUCUUCCCUCAACAUGAGGGCUCGUUCUGGAUACUGAUCACCGACUGGCUGCAGUUCAUACCUCAGUAUUUAGUUGUUUUCAGACUUUAGGCGAACGGAUCCGAGCGUAAUUACGCACGGCGUCACCAUCCUCACCAGCAUGGCACAGGUUUUGGACAGACGCGCGCCCGUGGUUUUGCUGUUGGUUUGGAGCUACUGCGUCCUGGCGGACCCGGCCUUUGCGAACUUCACUCUGGACAACGAGUUCCACUCCAGCUUCAUCCACCGCCGGCUGAAGAGCCAGGAGCGCAGAGAGAUGCAGCGCGAGAUCCUGUCCAUCCUGGGGCUGCCGCACCGGCCGCGUCCCCAUCUCCACGGCAAGCACAACGCUGCCCCGAUGUUCAUGUUGGACCUGUACAACGCCAUGUCCACGGAGGGGGACGCGGAGAGGUACUCAUACCCCUACAAGCCCAUCUUCACCACCCAGGGGCCCCCGAUAGCCAGCCUGCAGGACAACAACUUCCUGAACGACGCGGACAUGGUCAUGAGCUUUGUCAACUUAGUGGAGCACGAUAAGGAGUUCCUCCCGGUGCGGCGGCAUCACCGAGAGUUCCGAUUCGAUCUGUCUCGGAUCCCCGAGGGCGAGGCAGUCACGGCGGCAGAGUUUCGCAUUUAUAAAGACUUCAUCCACGAGCGUUACGAUAACGAGACGUUCCGCAUCAGCAUCUACCAGGUGUUGAAGGAGCACUCUGACAGGGAGUCGGACCUCUUUCUGCUGGACUCCAGAGUUAUCUGGGCGGCAGAGGAAGGGUGGUUGGUGUUCGAUGUGACCGCCACCAGUAAUCACUGGGUCCUGAACCCGGGCAGAAACCUGGGCCUGCAGCUGGCCCUGGAGAGCACGAACGGAGAGAGUAUCAAUCCUCGAGUGGCAGGGCUGAUUGGUCGCAAUGGACCUCAGAAUAAACAGCCCUUCAUGGUGGCCUUUUUCAAAGCAACAGAGGUGCACCUGCGAAGCAUCCGCUCAGCAUCAGGAGGGGGCAAACAGCGUAACCCCAACCGAUCCAAGGCGGCAAAGAACCAAGAGGCGCUCAGAGUGGCUAACAUCGCAGAAAACAGCAGCACUGACCAGAAGCAGGCGUGCAAGAAACAUGAGCUUUUCGUCAGUUUCCGAGACUUGGGAUGGCAGGACUGGAUCAUUGCUCCAGAAGGAUAUGCAGCAUAUUACUGCGAGGGAGAGUGCGCCUUCCCACUGAACUCCUACAUGAACGCUACGAACCACGCCAUCGUGCAAACUCUUGUUCAUUUCGUUAAUCCAGACUUAGUUCCUAAACCUUGUUGUGCCCCCACGCAGCUCAACGCCAUCUCUGUGCUCUACUUUGAUGACAGCUCCAACGUGAUCCUCAAGAAGUACCGCAACAUGGUGGUCAGAGCUUGUGGCUGCCACUAGACUGUCAGCGUUUUCAUACGGACUCAUUCUGUACAGACGCACACGCUGAGAGAGACGGCCGUCGUUUAGGAAGCUGCAAAUGGAAAACAGAGACUUUGGUAAUUUUAUGUCAACGUGUUGUUGUGAGGCCGAACUUGACUUUCAGACAGUCUGACAGAACAGCUCAACCCAAUUCAUUCAACUUAAAAUAAACAGGUUGUCCCUGCUGGCCAUUGUUAACAACAAUCUUUUCAUGAUAUAUAUACUUUGUAUAUAUUUUUUUACGUCUACGCCUCCCCCCAAAAAAAAACAAACAAAAAAAAAACAAGAAGGAAACCGCUACAGAAAAUAUUUAAUGUUUAAGAGCACACAAAUGUGACACCAAACUCUUUAUUUUAACAGAUGAACAUUCUGGCUUUGUAAAAACAUGCAUAAACAAUAUUUAUUUCCCGUCAGGCUCCAUUUGUACUGAUAAACAAUGAAAUGUGUAUUAAAUUUCAGUUUACACCUGCAUAUUUAACGUAUUUGAUCUUUUCCUGGAUACGCA